AUGGUUCUUCAGUUGUUGGUUGGACGUGCUUUAAGUUCGUUUCCGUUGUUUGGUGGAAAUACGUCGCAGUCAACCGAAAUUUCCUCACCGUCGCAUCCUCGCGAGCAUGCUUCUGGUAUCCCAAAUAUCCGCACGACACACAGGAUCCAACGUUUCAUAACUUUCUUUUCAUCGAGUGAUAAUCAGGGUAAGCAGGCGGGCAAUAUUUCCGGAGUACCGGGCUCUUCAGCCGGAAAAAGGUAUAUAAAAAAGGCUUCAACAGCCACGGUUGCUGGAUCAAAUGUUACUUCUGCUUUUAUCCCAAUUUAUGCAAAGGAAGUGCGGAAACAGGGCCAACUCUAUCAUCAGGAAACAGCUCUUGGUGAAUCAUUAAAAAAUGCCCAGAAACGCUGGGAACAAUGUUGGGCUGUUCUUCAAGCUUACAAUCUUUAUUUAUGCCGUCAGUUAAGUUCGUAUGUAAGCGAUGAAACUCAGGAGAAAAGCGGAAAAAUUUUUCGUUUUUCAAAUUUCUCAUUUUUUGCAGUUCUUGUAAGUGUAGUUGUUGAUGGAGAGCAUAGUGCUGAGUGGAAAGGUGAAGGAGAUUGUAUGAUUUUGUGCUUUGUGGGGCUGGAAGAAAACAAGAAUUGUAUGUUAAGAAUGGCUGUGGGCGGUAACACGGGUUGUAGGAAUUCGAUAUUAAAUAUCCCUGGUGAUUCUAAAACAAUCGAUCUGCGAUCAGCAAUAAUUGAUAUCGCAUAUGAAUUACUACAUUGUAAAGAUGAUCAACGGGCACACGUUUUACGGGUUGUAACUCAAAAACGAACAGAACAUCUUUUACAAGCCGCGAGACUUCUUGUUAGUCCCAAAUUUAUACAGAGAAUCAAGCGAAAUAUUGGUUUUAGUGAAGAAGAGAUGCUGAAUUGGAUUGGCAAUAUGCAGCAAGCGUCUACUUCUGAAAUUUCCAAAAAAAAUGAGUGUGGUUUGACUUCGCGAAAAAUAUCGGAUGGAGUAACGUUGGAGAAAUCAAAUAUUAGUUUUAAAAGAGAUGAGCAGGUGAAAUAUAGGCCAAAUUUAGAUGGAAUAGAAGAAUAG